UUGUCCCUCUCUAAUUCACUUCAGCUAACUCUACGUUUCUCUUUGGAAUAUUCAUUUCCUGUCUUCUAUUUUUCUUCUCUUUCGUAUUACUGUUAAUAUUCUUAAGGCUAGCCCUUUUCAGCGCGAGUCGCUUGUCAUAUAGAUACGCUCUCUUAAACGACCUUUCUAUUAUUAUAUUUAGACAAAGUCAGAAAACACUCAUCAAAACAGUCAAGAUGUAUUUCUCUACUACCACCGCCGCUCUUCUCACCCUGUUGGGUUCCGCUGUUGCGCAGAAGGUCCACGUGGUUUCGGUCGGCUCUCCCAACGGUACUCUUACUUUCAGCCCGGACAACCUGAAGGCGGAUGUUGGCGAUAUGAUUCAGUUCCAGUUCCGAGGUGGCAACCACAGUGUAGUCCAGUCCAACUUCGACAACCCCUGCACACCCAUUUCCGACCACACCAACCAGACCGGCAUAUUCUCCGGAUACCAACCCGUGGCUGCCAGCAAGGCCAUGGGCAUGAUCCCCACGUACACGGUCAAGGUCUCCGCCAAGACGCCGCUGUGGUUCUACUGCUCUCAGGGCAAGCACUGCCAAAACGGAAUGGUUAUGGUAGUUAACGAGAACACUGCGGCAAACGCCACACGAAGCCUAUCAAACUUCAAGGAUCUUGCUAAGGGAGCUGCUGCCAACGUUGCUCCUUUGACCCCUACUGGCGGUUCGUCUGGCAAUGGCACUUCUUCCGGCGGCUCAGACUCUGGCUCAGGUUCUGGCUCAGGUUCUGGCUCAGACUCCGGUUCCGGCUCUGGUUCCGGCUCUGGUUCCGGCUCUGGAUCCGAUUCUGGAUCUGGCUCUGGUUCGGGAUCUGGUUCCGACACUGGCUCUGGCUCUGGAACUGGUGCGGAUGCCACGCAAUCUUCGUCCCCUGUGGCAUCAGCUACUUCCAGCACCACUGCCAUAGCAACCGCCGCCGCAAACAUCGUCGGCGCCUCCAGCUCGAUGGGUCUCCUUGGUCUGGUCGCUGCCAUGUUCAUGCUAUGAUCGGACUAUAUCAGUACAUAACGAACGAAAGCUCUUCCAUAGCCUCGUUGCUAUGAUAUAAUGACAAGAGACGACGAGUCAUGCGGCGCACGCCCCAGACUCAAGGCCCUAAUAUCGCGAAGAUGGAGGGGGGGAAAGAAAGAAAGAAAGCAAGCAAGCAAAGCGUCGAGCCAGCCCAUUGGAUGGGCGAUCGCGUCGUUGCGGAUUAUAGAUCAACCCCUUUACACGUGUAUCAUGUAACUACCUACUUACGUUGGAUUCUCCG